AUGCCUUUGAAGAGCUACAACAAGCCUUACAAGAAGACACACUAUUACAACCAACAGAACAAAAAUGAAUGGUCAAUAACAAGGGAUGCUUCAAAGUUUCAUAAGUUAUUUGGGAGACUACCACAAAGUAGUAAAAAGGAUGGAGAGAUAUACAAGGCGGAAAAUGACACAAACGAGCAUUCGGACCAAGAUGAACACGAGGAAGACGAAGAGUAUAAUGAAGGUGAUAUCGAGCAAGAUAACGAAGGAGCAAACGAUGGUAAUGUAGAACCACCAAUGGCAAGGCGGAACGCAAAAGACAGCCACCAGCUUGGCUCAGAGACUAUGAAACAUAAAGGACUCAAGAGUUGGACAGUUGUGAAACAAAUAUGA